AUGGCAAAUCGAUGCCGAAAGUUCACACUUGUCCUCCUGACGAUAUUGGUCAACAAUACAGUAGGAUCACAGUUUGGUCAUCAUUCUUCGGUCCAAGCAAAUCUCCCAAGGAGUCGCCUUUGCAACACAUCAGCACAACACAAAAAUGAUGCAUACCACCUAAAUGAGUCUAUCAUCCGAUAUCGAGCUGGAGCGGUAAAUAUAAGGCCUCGGAAAGAUGAUUCAGUGACAGAAAUGGCAUCAAUAGAGAAGCGAGGUUUGGCUGUGGUACAGCUGUCAUCCCUGCUAUCAAUAUUAUCCACAACACUUGUGGCAUUCACUCCAGCUGCUGCUUUGGUGCAAAAGUUAGGCGACGCCAAGGCCACAUCACUGCUAUCCAUUCUAGCUGCAAGCUCGGCCAUUAUUGAAAUUUUGUUUAGUCCUGCAGUUGGAAGAUUAAUGGAUGACUUUGGGCGGAAACGACCUUUGCUGACUGUCUUGGUUGCGAUUGCGAUGAGUCAAUUGACCGUAGUUCUGUCCAACGAGUCGACUUGGAGCCUGUGUGUGGGCAAGUUUGCUGGCACACUGGGUAUAGGGUUCUUCUUUCAAACCAUAGGUCAAGCUAUUUUGACUGAUGUAACGGGUCGGGGUAACAGCCCCGAACGGCUGAGCUCUGCGCUUGGAAUGCAAGCGGCUCUCAUAAGCAUUGGGUUCCUCGUGGGUGCCCUUUCUGCUGGAAAGCUCCAAGCGACCUUCGGUGUGACUACGUCCUAUGGGAUUGCAUCCAUAUUAGCCUUUGCAAAUGCAAUCCUAGUGGCCUUGGUCAUGCCAGAAACAUUGGAGGCGUCAGCCACCAAACGCCAGGUCAGACAGAGGAAAUCUAUUCUGGGCUCAUUAUUGAGCUGCAUUGAUAUAUUGAUCAAACGCCAAAAUGGAAUACCUGUCUUGGCCGCAACUUUCGCUUUGCAGUCCCUGCCUCAGUUCAUGGGUGAUUUCUUUCAAAUAUUCUGCAAAGCAGAAUGGAACCUUGACACCGCUGCAUUCUCUCAAUUUGUUGCCAUGUUUGGAGUGUUGGGCCUUGUCUCAAAUAUAUCGGGAUCUCUGCUCGUGCGCCGACUUGGCAUCCGAAGGUUUACAAUCUUGACGACUCUGCUUGCAAUCGUCCCAAGCUUUUGUGUAAGUGUAUGGGGGUUCCAAGGGCUUCUGGCAGGUUAUGCAUUUGGAUUCCUCGGUUUGGCACAAAACUUGGGCAUCAUGUCGGCUCUAGCCUCGGAAGGCAAGAAACAGAACAUUCCAAUUGGAGAAAUUACUGGAGAAAGGGCAUCACUCAUGGGUUUGGUGAAGAUUUUAGGACCAAUACUGUAUAGUACAUUAUACGUCCAAGGCAAGCGACUCUGGGGUUUGUCGAAUUUGCCAUUCAUAUUCAACACUGUCCUUGGAAUUGCGGUGUUCGCUCUCAGCUAUUACCACGUAAAGUAG